CUUUACUUCCCAAUUACCACACCCACAAUAGAAUCUCAGAUCCGACAAUGGCAUCGUCGAUUUUGGAGUUCCAGUCCCAGGAUGGACAAGAUGAUGGCAAACGCGAAUCGUUAGAAUUCGCCACUGAACACAUGAAUCUGACGACUACAAGCCUGUCACUUCCAAACGAGAGUUUUCUCGGAGCAGCAAUUUCCCUCAAGGAUCAGGUGGUGCAACUUACAUGGAGAGAAGCCCUCGGCGGAGGCGAUCCUACGGAACUGGUGAUUGACCCGACGGUGUACACGGGUCUGCUUGGCACGGCUUUUACUUGCCUGAGGUCGUACGAGGUCACUGGUGACGAGCGAGACUUGCUGCUGUGCUCGGAGAUCGUGGACGCGUGUGCUACCGCUGCACGUGCCUCCCUCAGGCACGUGACAUUUUUGUGUGGCAGAGGAGGCAUUUACGCUCUUGGUGCUUUGGUAGCUAAUUACAUGGAAAACAAUCGGAAGCGGGACCUGUUUUUGGGCUUAUUCAAUGAGGUAGCAACAGAGAGGGCUCUACCCGUUGGACCUGAGGAAGGCGGUUUUGGAAUGUCAUAUGAUCUUCUGUACGGGCGAGCAGGGUUCAUAUGGGCUGCUUUAUUCAUAAAGAAGCAUCUUGGAGAAGACGCGGUGCCCAAUGAUAUUCUGAUGCCUAUAAUAGCUGCGUUGUUGGCUGGCGGUAGGGCCGGGGCAUCUAAUAACUCUGACUGCCCAUUGAUGUAUAGAUGGCAUGGGACCAGGUACCUUGGUGCGGCCAAUGGCCUUGCCGGUAUCUUGCAGGUUCUGCUUCAUUUCCCUCUUCCUGAAGAGGAUGCUGAGGAUGUCAAGGGAACUUUGAGAUACCUCAUGAGUAAGCGCUUCCCUCACAGUGGAAAUUACCCCUCAAGUGAAGGCAAUCCAAGGGAUAAAUUGAUGCAGUGGUCUCAUGGUGCUACUGGCAUGGCCAUCGCCUUGUCCAAGGCAGCACAGGUGUUCCCAAAUGACAGAGAAUUCCGGGAUGCGGCAAUAGAAGCAGGGGAAGUUGUGUGGAAGCGCGGACUGUUGAAGAAGUUGGGACUUGCUGAUGGUGUGUCUGGAAAUGCAUACGCCUUCCUUUCCCUCUUUAAACUAACUGGAGAGUCUAUAUACGAAGAGAGGGCAAAAGUGUUUGGUAGUUACUUGUACGAUCAGGCAAAAUCUUACAGACCAGAGGGCCAAACCGGAGGGGGAAGCAAUGCGUACUCUCUGUUCCAAGGACUGGCUGGCGCCGCUUGCUUUUGGUUUGAUCUGCUUGCUCCCCACAACUCCAGGUUCCCAGGCUAUGAACUGUAGAUGAUGGCCUUACAGUUAAGACACUGUUCUAAAAUGUGAAACGAGGGUCCUAUGUGAUGCCACUGCCGUUUUAAAUAUCUGUUUUUUUUACCCUGUCAAAUGUAAUAUGCAUACAAAGUUGAAAAGAAGUUAA